GUCAGGAGCCACCUCUUGGGUCCGGCGGGCGCCUUCGCCCUGGGCGGCUCGCCCACCCCGGGCUCGCUGCCCACGGUGCCAGCUCUGCCGUAGAUCUCCCCAGCCCGCCGCAGCGGCCUAUGCUCGACGGCCCCUAGAAGCCUGUUUGUCUGCACAGCCCAGGACCUCCGGCCCCAUGGAGCCUCCGAUCCCACAGAGCGUCCCCUUGACUCCCAGCUCAGUCAUGGUCCAGCCCCUCCUGGACAGCCGUAUGGCCCACAGCCGGCUCCAACACCCCCUCACCAUCCUCCCCAUCGACCAGAUGAAGACCAGCCACGUGGAGAAUGACUACAUCGACAAUCCCGGCCUGGCACCCCCCACUGGCCCCAAGCGGACCCGGGGUGGAGCCCCAGAGCUGGCCCCGACGCCGGCCCGCUGUGACCAGGACGUCACCCACCACUGGAUCUCCUUCAGCGGGCGCCCCAGCUCUGUGAGCAGCAGCAGCAGCACGUCCUCUGACCAGCGCCUCUUAGACCACAUGGCGCCCCCACCCGUGGCUGACCAGGCCUCCCCAAGGGCCGUGCGCAUCCAGCCCAAGGCCAUCCACUGCAAGCCGCUGGACCUCAAGGGCCCGGCCGUCCUCCCAGAGCUGGACAAGCACUUCUUGCUGUGCGAGGCCUGUGGGAAGUGUAAGUGCAAGGAGUGCGCGUCCCCCCGGACGUUGCCCUCCUGCUGGGUCUGCAACCAGGCGUGCCUCUGCUCGGCCCAGACGCUGGUCAACUACGGCAGCUGCAUGUGCUUGGUGCAGGGAGUCUUCUACCACUGCACCAACGAGGACGACGAGGGCUCCUGCGCCGACCACCCCUGCUCCUGCUCCCACUCAAACUGCUGCGCCCGCUGGUCCUUCAUGGGCGCCCUCUCCCUGGUGCUGCCCUGCCUGCUCUGCUACCUGCCCGCCACCGGCUGCGUGAAGCUGGCCCAGCGCGGCUACGACCACCUGCGCCGCCCUGGGUGCCGCUGCAAGCACACGAACAGCGUCAUCUGCAAGGCAGCCGCUGGGGAUGCCAAGGCCAGCAGACCCGACAAGCCUUUCUGACACUUGGGGUCAAGUCCCAGCGCUCCCCCUGGACACUUUGUUCACCUUCUGACACCUGAGAAGACCACCACGGGGAGGCCAGAGGUUUGAGCAUCCUGAGGCUGACCCUGCUAGUCGGCCCACUCCCCAGCCCCAGCUUCUGAAGAAAUAGAGACCACCAUCACCCACCCUUCUCUUCCCCAAAAGGAUGAAGAAGCACUCUGGGUUUGUUUGUUUGUUUGUUUCAGGGUCCUGGAACUUUGUGUGAAACAGAGAGUGGCAGGGGCGUGGUGUGGUUUGGGGGUGAUUUUUCUUUUUCAGAAGAUGGAACACAGAUGCGGACACAUAUCCGGAAGUUGCAGCUGCUUGAAUGCCUUCCCAGCCCUCCUCCCUCCCUCCCUCCCCGCUCUUCUGCAUUCUCUCUGGCUGCCUGGGAGGAAUCGGUAACUGAGUGGCCAGGGGACCUUGGAAGAAGACCCUUGGAGUCUUGCCGUCUAUGCCGUCUUCUCCCAGCCUCCAUCCCGGUCUGCCCUGACACCUUGGGGAAGCUGUAGACCCUGGCGGUCCCUGUUGUAUAUAUUUGGGAGCCCCCCUCGUUCCUCGCUCUACCCGGAACCACGGAUGGAUUUAGGAACCACUGCACAGUACAUUUUCUCCCUUCCAGCUUCCUCAUUAACUCUCGGGGGUGUUCCAUUCAUAACACCGUCCUUCGGCUCUUACCGAGUCACAGACUCACCUGCCUGCCACGUGUCCCAAGUUCUCUCUACCCAGGUCCUUUCCAGAAACUCUAUGGGUAGAGUAGAGAAGGCCGGAGUGGCAAAUUCGAGACCAAAUAGCAUUUUGCCAAUGAGUCUGAGGCUGUGGUCUCUGGAUCCAGUCAUUAUGUUUUUAUAGAAUCAUUAAACCAGAUGCUAACGGUGUUUUAGAAAAUAAUAAUAAAACACUUGCUUCCUUUUGGGCCA